CUCACGUGUGUCACAUAAACAACUGGGCCUUUUCCUGCGUCAGUCGGGGAAUUUACCAAACCGAGGACGCUGGCGUCUCUGCUGCCGCAGUUUCCUUUCCGGCGCAGUUACUCUUUUCCAGAGCAGUUAGCAGUACAAGGCUCAGUUUCUCUGCUCACCGGACGGCCUUCUGCACGGGACUCUUGCUCCUUGCUGCUCAAGAAAUGUCUUCACUUUCAGAAUAUGCCUUACGUAUGUCCCGUCUGAGUGCCCGGCUAUUUGGUGAAGUUGCCAGGCCUACUGAUUCCAAAUCCAUGAAAGUAGUGAAAUUAUUUAGUGAACAGCCUUUGGCCAAGAGGAAGGAGACUUACGACUGGUAUCCAAAUCACAACACUUACUUUGCGCUCAUGGGGACACUCCGUUUUCUUGGCCUCUACAGAGAUGAGCAUCAGGAUUUUAAGGAUGAGCAAAGGCGUCUCAAGAAGCUUCGUGGAAAGGGGAAACCGAGGAAAGGAGAAGGGAAAAGAGCAACAAAAAAGAAGUAGUGUUGGCCCAGCAAGAGAGAAGAUUUGUUCCUCAGUGACUGAGAGAAGUGUAUUUGUUGUCUUUCCACACACUGGAAGAAUGUAACCUUCCUAAGUGGAGGUUAUUUGGAGAAACACAGUCAUCUCUUGUGUUGAAGUCUCAUCCAGUUCAAUUGUGACUGGUUUCUUGAACACAAUCUAAUUCUGCAAAUUUAUUUUGGCGUUGGUUUUGUAUUCUGAGGUUUACCUAAUUUUCUAAUGAAAUGAGUAUGUAUAUUACUGUUUAAUGACUUUGGGGUGGUGAUGGAAUGUUGAGGAAGUAGAGGGGAAACCUCACUAAAUGAGAAUAUCCUGAAGUUUUCUCAUUACUCCCUUCUUGCUUCCCCACCCACUCAGCCCUAAGCUGCUUUCGUCUCUGGCCAUUCAGUCACUGUCUUCACUCCUAAGCUCAGAAACUUUAUGUGCCUCUCCACCUACUCCUUUGAGCAUAUCUAGUUAAGGUAAAUCUGUUGGAUAAAAGCCUGUACCUUGGAAGAGAGUAUUGAAUACUUACUGUAUACAAGGUACUGGAGCCCUGUUAACACAGUGGUUAGCAAAAGAAACAGCCCCUGCCUCAUAGAACUUUCAAUCUUGUGAGAGAGGCUAAUAUUAUAUAAUUACAUACAAUUAUAUUAAAUGCUACAAAGGAAAAAGCCAAAUUUGUGUGAGUGUGGAUGGAUGGAUCCAGAGAGAUAGUCAGAGGCCCAAACCUCAUUAGGGAGUCUAAAGAAGGCCUCCUUAACAAAAUGAUAUUUAAGAUGAUACCUACAGGAUAAAUAAAAGUUAGCCAGAGGAAAAGUGUUUGAGGCAUAGAGAACACCAUUUGCUAAGCCCUAAGUUAAGAAGAAAUCAUCCUGUUCAAGGAACUGAAAAAGACCACUGGUUGGCCAUAAGGAAACAGAUCAUGAAGGGCUUUGCAAGUUCUGUGAAAAAGCUUGACUUAACCAGAGGUCAGAGUGUGUAAAAUGUUUUUGCUAUGAGAGAUGACUGUUGUAUAUAUCUGAGUAGCUAGCUACUGAUUUUAUUGUGUUCUAGAAUAGCAGUGAGUUUCCAAAGAGGUAGUGAGGGCUUCUGUGAUUUUUUUCUUUUCAAGAGUUCUGAAUCUUUAGCACUGCCCAGUAAGAUUUUUUUAAGUAUUUUUUCUUUUUUUUUUUAUUCUGGUAAAAAACAUAUUACAAAACCUAACAUCUUAACCAUUUUUAAGUGUACAAUACAGUAGUGUUAACUAUAUGUACAUUGUUGUGCUAAAGUACCUUUGAACCCGUUUCUACCUCUGUCAGGAAAAGUGCAUAGACAAGCAUAUAUAUAGCAGCUACUACAGCCACAAUUUUCUUUCCCUGCAACAGUGAAUGAUUCCUGAACUAGGAAGAAUCCCAGUUCAUAUGUUUAGACAAAUGGUAUUCUUAAAGAUGCAUAAUCCAGAUGGUAUGGCUAGGGCCUAUGUUAUAGCCUGUAAAAAGAAAAAAAAAAAGCUAUAUAAAAAUUGGGUGAUUUGUAUCUGAUAGAAGUGAGUUCCAGCAGAUGGCUGAGAAUCCAUUCAUUUAGAACUCUACUGAAUACCUGCCAUGUGCCUAACACUUAACAGUUGUAGAGGAUACAGAGAUGAAUAGACUUAUUCCCUAAGAUUGUGUGAAUGAGUGAGUGUGUGUAUGUAUGUGUGUGUGUUGUAUUGACAAGCUCUCAGGAAUUUACUUAGAAAAAGUGCAGAUGCACUGUUACUCUCAGCCAGUGCAGCUGAGCGAGGUGUGGGUGGAUGAUUACCCCAGGAUACUGGGCUAAGGAACAGGCUCUCAACCUGAACCCAGUAUAGUUAAGUGGAUGUUCUGAAUUAUGUGAUCUUCAACUUUUGGAAAAGGCCUGAAUAUAAGAGGGAGGAACUUAUGAGUUAGCAUGCUAUUUUAAAGACAGUAACUACAUUAGAUACCAACAGCAGACCUGAGUCAGAAAACAAAGAAUCAGUGUAUAGGUUAACUCUUGAAAGAGCUUCAGUGAGACUCUUGGACCCUGAGCCUGCAAGAAGCCUUACCAGUGGUUAAUGGGGAGGUUUGUAGGUAACCCAGCAGUAAAUUAGUGUGCCACUGCUCCAUGCUGAAAAUCAGAAACUAAAGCUAAAAUGUAUUCGUACAUAAGCUGUACCCUCAAACCAACUGAUAGAGUAAACACUAACUCAGAACAGCCUGUGCUGAACUGGUGUAGACCAGCUGGAAAGUAAGAUGAGGAAGAGUUAACUGUUGACACCACGGGAGGCAACACAUUUCAGGACACUGUUGACCAAGAGUUAAAUGAUGAUAAGUACGAUCAGAAAAACUUUAACUCCAGGUUUAGACUACCCAGAUUGUUUAAUUAGAUUUCUGGUCAAAACCUAAACUAUUUGUGCUCUCUCUCUAGUGUUUAGCGUUUAGUGUACACAGAGAAUUUUACCUUUGAUAUCAAUAUGACAUUGCAAAAAGAAAAUGAAUUUUAGAUUCAAAAGUCAUGGGUUUGUGACAUGGUUUACUUAAUGGCUAUGUGACCUACAGUCACCUCUGAACCUCUCCUCUUCUGUAAAAUCAUGAUAAUACUUCAAGAUUCAUGAAAUAUUAAGGUAUUUGUGAAAAGGACUAUGUAAAUCAUAAAAGGUUAAUCAAAUA